UGGCUACUGCGUCAUGACGUGCUGACAUCAGCACGCUGACUGCCUGUCUGCCCUGAUCCAAGAUGGCGUUUACAUUCGCGGCCUUUUGUUACAUGUUGGCGCUGCUCCUUACCGCCGCACUCAUAUUCUUUGCCAUUUGGCAUAUUAUAGCAUUUGAUGAAUUGAAGACUGACUACAAGAAUCCUAUAGACCAAUGUAAUACACUCAAUCCUCUGGUACUUCCUGAGUACCUCAUCCAUGCCUUCUUCUGUGUCAUGUUCCUCUGUGCAACAGAGUGGCUUACACUCGGUGUCAAUAUGCCAUUGCUGGGCUACCAUAUCUGGAGGUACAUGACUAGACCAAUAAUGAGCGUUCCAGGUCUCUAUGAUCCAACCACUAUUAUGAAUGCUGAUAUACUAGCAUACUGUCAGAAGGAAGGAUGGUGCAAACUAGCAUUUUACCUGUUGUCUUUUUUUUACUAUCUAUAUGGAAUGAUCUAUGUGCUGGUGAGUUCUUAAAAUAACAGUUGAGAGAUCCAGUGGAGUCGUUUACUCCAUGCAAGAAACAAAAGGAUAAUGGUGGUUUUUGAACAAAUUGGACUCAUCUACAGAACUUGUAGUUCACCAGAUAUGACUUGCUUAUAUGCAUACAAAUAAAAUGCUUUCCCUCACUUUUCAUGGACAUUUUGCCUCCAGAGUUUAUAGUUUUCUGCCUGUAGAAGAAAUGAUUUUUGCAAAUUGCGUUGACCCAAAACUCAGAAGAAUUACGUUUGUAUUUUAUGUAUGAAAAUCACUAAUUACCAAUUAUGUUUUAAACAUAACAUUGAAAUUGCACUCAUAUUUGAUGCUAUUUACAAAUAACUUGCAGGUAUAUUAUGUAAAAUAAAUUAUGUUACUAGGCUCAAAUGCGUUGUGUCUAGUUUUAAAAAACUAAAGGAUGAAUCCAGAUUCUUUGGUCCCCUGAACACCAAUUUGUUUGUUUAUUAAAUUGUUUUUUUUCACAUUGUGUAAAGAGAAUUUGUUUUAAAACAGCUUGUUCUUGUACUCUCAAUUGAAAUGAUGGAUAUAAUCUGUGCUAGUCAUCCUUUACAAAUAUGCAAAUUAAAGUUCUUUUACACAAAUGGAUCCCUUUCCCAUGCAAAGUCACAUUUAUUUUAAGUAAAACUUUGUUUUUGUUGGGAAACAUUUGUUUGUGAAAACUACUUUAGCUCUGGUAAUGGUGCCAAAGUAAUCCAUGUUGAUUUGACCUACACAUUUAUAUGGUUCUACUAUACUUUUACUACACAACAAAUUAUAGCAUUUGUUCUGAUUAUGUUUGAGGUUCAAACAACAAACUCCAUUUUUGGAAUAGUUAAUUUGGUUUGUAAUAAUACUGUUCACUAGAUGUGGUGUGUUACAGCUGUAUGUUUAUUUUUCUGUACAAAUUCCAGCAAAUAAAAGGCUUGAAUAUAAA